AUGGGAUUGAAAUUCGGGAAUUUCCAAGAUGUCUGCCCCCUUAGGAAAGUUAAGGUUUCUUCUUGCAGGAAGCCAGCGAUUGCUGAGCGAUGUGAGGAGCAAGGCAUUAACAGUACCUGUGCGUCGAAUGACGACGUCACUACCAGCAUGCAGCUGGACAAUGACCCGACUUCAGCCCGGGUGUCAACCUCAGAGCACGCUGCACGUGCCACGUGUGCUUACACCACAUUGUAGUGGCUUGACAACUGUGAUGUCAGCUUCUCCCCUCAAGAAAGAAUGUGAGAAGCCGCUGCUGGCUGCGGCACGUUCCAUGGUAACCCCGCGGAGAGACCUGAUCAAGUUCUCGCUGAGGAAGGGCAAGCGCAAGACGGUGCGGCCAGUCGUGGACCGCUUCUUCCGACUGCGCUGGGGACGGUGGAUCCGGCCGCGCGUUGGCCGCAACAAGAAGCUGUGGAAGAAGAGCGGGCGCCGCCAGUGGCGCCUCCGGCAGCACGUGUUCGUGACGGCGCGGCAGGGCAUCAAGCUCGACAAGAUGGUGACGAAGUUCUGGAAGCGGCCCAAGUACUAUGUGGACGACAUCUACGAACCCUACCACAAGCGUCACCUCCCGCAGUUCCCACACCUGUGAGAUACUGAUAUGCUGCUGUGUGAGCUUGUGUGUGGGCAGAACGGCCGCGCCUUCUCUGGUUUGACUUGGUGCUGCCAUCUGUUGGCCGAUAGAGGUCGAUUUUAACAGUUAUUUGUGUGAUCGACAUGUCAUGUUUCGUCCUGCCAUCUGUUGGCAGUCAUCACUAUAUUUCGACCAGAGGUGUAUUGUGGAUGGAUGCAUUCUCAAUAGCAGGAAUCAGGUUUGUGAGUGAGAUUCAUGCGAAAUUCCUUUCUACUCGCGGUCUACCUGUAACAUCAAAUGCUUCCAAUCCAGGAUACUAAAGGGAAAAGAGAGAGGCACGUCUGCAUGUGAGUAAGAGGGAGCAGGAGAACGGUGGUAACUAGGAAGAGAGUUAACAAGAGAGUAGGAUUUAGUAAUGAAAAGUAUCUUAACAGCAGAAAACAAACAACAGUAAGCAGUAUUUACGAAUUGGAAUGUUUUAUUACAACAACAAAAAGCAUUGUCUGAAAAUAAAUAAUAAAUAAAUGAAUUCUCAUAGACCAUCAA